AAAGCCAACUAGGUAAAGUAGCAGCUCAGUCAGAGCUGACCACAAUUAAUAUGUAGCAGCCCGUUGCAUGCUGGGAACCGCGUUGCUGUAAUUCAUGCGAUCCAGGAAAGGAAACACUUGUUGUGCCAGACUGAGUCGUCCAGCAUGGCGCUGACCCGGUUCGAAUGGUUCUUAUCUUGGGUGCUGCGCGCAUGCAUGGGGCUUCUUUUCGCCCUCUUUCACCUGCUCGCGCCCCGGCAGUCUGACGGCUCCGCGAAACUGCCUCCCGUCACAAACCCACUGCUGAUGAUAUCGGCGACACAGCUCGCAAAAAAGAUCCGCCGAAAGGAGGUGACUAGUGUAGAGGUGGUGCAGGCUUAUAUCGAUCGCAUUCAGGAAGUCAAUCCCCUGAUUAACGCCAUGGUUAAAGACAGGUUCAGUGAAGCUCUACAGGAGGCUGCUCAGGCUGACAGGCUGGUGCAGGAGCAGCAGGGGGGAGAGGAGGUCCUGCAGCAGCAGCGCCCUCUGCUGGGUGUUCCCCUCACUGUCAAAGAGUCCUUCAGCCUGCAGGGUAUGCCAAACACCACGGGACUGGUGUCGAGGAGGGGUGUGGUUUCCGAGGGCGACGCCCCCCCUGUAGCGCUGCUGAAGAGGGCGGGGGCUAUUCCGCUGGGCGUGACCAACUGCAGCGAGCUGUGCAUGUGGCUGGAGUCUCACAACCACCUGUAUGGGGUCACCAACAACCCCUACAACACCCAGCACAUACCGGGGGGCAGCUCAGGAGGGGAGGGAAGUAUUCUGGCGAGUGCCGGCUCAGUCAUCGGCGUGGGCUCAGAUAUCGGGGGCAGUAUCCGCCUGCCCGCCUUCUUCAACGGCAUCUUCGGGCACAAACCCACACCAGGUGUGGUGUGUAAUGAAGGUCAGUUUCCCCCUGCCUCGGAGCAGCAGCAGAGCUUCCUGUGCACAGGCCCCAUGUGCCGCUACGCUGAAGACCUGCUCCCGCUGCUCAGCAUCAUGGCAGGACUCAACGCAGAACAGCUGUCUCUGUCCUCGGAGGUGGACCUCAGAAAGCUGCGUUUUUUCUCGGUCCUUCAUGACGGCGGCUCCCCACUCCUGUCUCCUGUGGACAAACAGCUCCUGCACGCUCAGACAGAGGUGGUGCAGCGCUUGGAGGCAGACUUGGGGGUGAGGGUGGAGCCGCUGCAGCUCCCCCAGCUCAGAUACUCCUUCCAGAUCUGGGCAGCGCUGAUGGGGGCCCCAGGCACAGACGGGAAGCCUCCCAGGGCCUUCGCAGAGCUGAUGGGUGGAGCCAGCGGGAGGGUGUGGCCUAUCUGGGAGGUAGCCAAGUGGAUUCUUGGACGGUCAUCUCACACCAUGGCUGCUAUUGGUCUGGCUCUAAUAGAGAUGAGGCAGGGCCCUCCCUCGCGCUUCGUCCUGCAGCAGAAGCAGGAUCUCCAGGCCCAGCUGGAGGAGCUGCUGGGUACAGAUGGGGUUCUGCUGUACCCCACCCACCCACACAUCGCCCCCAAACACCACCACCCCCUCUUCACCCCCUUCAACUUCGCCUACACAGGGAUCUUUAACAUCCUGGGGCUGCCGGUUACCCAGGCUCCGCUGGGCCUCAGCAGGGAGGGGCUUCCCCUGGGGCUUCAGCUGGUUGCUGGGAAACGGCAGGAUCACCUGACCCUGGCCGUCGCCCGACACUUGGAAAGAGCCUUCGGGGGCUGGAGGGACCCUGGGAGUGCGUAAACACACACACACACACACACACACACACACACACUAGACACACGCUACACACUACAUACAUUAUACACACACACACACUACACACACACUACACACUAAAUAUAUUAUACACACACUACAUACAUUAUACACGGACACACUACACACCUUAUACAUGCACUACAGACACACACACUACAUACAGACACUACAUACAUUACACACACACUAGACACACUACACACUAAAUAUAUUAUACACACACUACAUACAUUAUACACAGACACACUACACACCUUAUACAUGCGCUACAGACACACACACUGCAUACACACACUACAUACAUUAUACACACACACGCAGUACAUACACACACACUAUAUAUAUUAUACACACACACUCCACACACAAUGUACACACAACAGAUGACAACCACUAUAAACAGAAAGUGUUUGUACGUUGUAUGUUGUACGUCACUUUGGAUAAAUUUUGUAAUGUAAAACACAUAAUGCUGACAGAUUAAAAGGUAACUAUUGCUAAACUACUACUAAACUGAAGAUUUACAUUCAUCUGUGUAAAAUGUACCCAAUAAUUUGAUUUGCCGAGAAUCAAAACUGUUUGUUAUGAAUAAUGUGAUGUUAUAUUCUGAUUUAGAGACUAUAUUCUGCAAAGAGACAUGAAUAAAAAGGUGAAGCAUAUAACCUGGUUCAGUAGUAGAGAGAGCAGUUUGGUAGGUAGGAAGUUAUCACAUAUUCUUCCUGUGAAUUACAAUUCCCCCUUGAUUUACAGUGAAACUGCCUUAUAUUGUUGUGGCUAAAUUACAUUUAUGUAUAAACCACUGAUUAAACAAAACCGUAAUCCUCUGAA